CCUAACUCAAGCAAUGAUCUUGUCCUGACCCCCCUUUCGUCAGCAACUCGCCAAGAUGUUCAAGCGGUUAUCGCAGCUCAGCCUCAAUGACUCGCGACCGCCCUUGAACUCGCCAUACCUGCAACCAGCGCAAUCUCGCUCUGCAGACUUUUACGCUUCAUCACUGACCAGGCACGUGGACUGCUUCAGCUCACCAGCCACAUACGAUGGCUAUUUCCCACUCCAAGCUUCGUCAGCAUCUUCACAGCCGCCUCCGUUGACGAACAGGUCGCGUCGUAAUUCGUCAGUUGUCGGAGUUCCUGCGCAGUCGACGGAUCGUGCCGAUCUGCAGCAGACAUUGCUCGCCACGGAAAAUGUACGGCACGCAAUGCGAGAGUAUGCUGUCCUGCUAUCUCAAGUGACUCGCGCAGAAGCAGCUAUAUCAAAAUCGUUGCGCCGUCUGGCCGAUACGAUCGACAAGGACAACUCUCCCGCGCCGACUGAGGCGCUUCUGAGCGUGGCCAAGCUGUAUGAAGGCCUGAGCGAGGUAGAUACGCGUGCCUCGAAGCGUACAACUGCAGAACUGCGGUCAAUGGAUGAUAUCUGCGACGGUUUAUAUAAGGACAUCACGAAAUCGGACAAGGCGCAUACGAGCAAUCUCGAGCAGCUCAACGACCGAGCGCGCGCGAACCAGGUCUCAUAUGAUCGUUCCAUGCGAUCCGCUUCUGGCAAUACACACCCAUCUCAAUCUAGCAUGCCAAGCCAUGAGCUCGUCUCUUCGCAUGCUUCUGCUCACCAGCGCUAUAUCCAAAACCUCACACAAAUCGAUCAAGCCUUUACGUUCUGUCGCGAUGGCCAUGGACAGCAGCUCAGUCGUCGCAAGAGCAGUCUCGCACGACAGAUAGCCAAAGGCUCGUGCGCAAUGGCUUCGCUAGAUUGGUCAAGAAUGCUAGACGAGACUGCCCUUGCCGCUGAUGAGAUUGGAAGGAUCGCUAGACUGGGCAGCGUCUGCCAAGCUCGUGAUCUGCCAGAGGUUCCCUUGCUCGAACGACCGCCCACUAUGGAACGCAGCAAUUCAGACUUGAAGCCGGCGAGUACGACUUCGACUGACGAAUUCCAGACUGUUUCUAGUGGAUCAAGUGUGGACGCUCUGAUGUGAGUCAUGACAAGUAAUUGCAUUUUGUACCACUGGCUACGCCUGACACAUUCGCG